AUGCCUGAGGAGAAGCAAAAGGUCAUCAAAUCUCUCCCUGAGAGCCGUGUCAGCAAGACAAGUGGAGCGGGCUUUGAUGAUGUUAUUGCAGGAAAGGGCCAGGGUGUCAUCGUCCUACUUCACGGUCCACCAGGCGUGGCGAAAAUCUUGACAGCGGAAGCCAUUGCUGAACACCUUAAACAGCUGCAUCAGAAGCAGCUGAAACUCAUUAUAUCAAGUCAUGAUGGAUUGGUGAAUGAGCAGCGGUUAGUAGAGUGA